UUACAUCUGAUUCUAGUGAGCACAGUCAUGUCACUCCAAGAUCUCCUUCAUCUUCGCUACCUGGACAUACUCUGCGACAACGGCAGGGGAGCUUCGCGAGGGCUCGGUCAAUGUUUGAGCAGCCAACCUCAACUUCGGGUGACUCAACUGGCUCGCGAGCCGCAUACAGCAAGAGAAACAGCACAGUAUCUUUGGGUGUUGAUGUGGGCUAUAACCCUGUAGACUCCUCGAAUGACCAGUCCGGAUUUACGCAGUCUCCAACUGUGACGUAUUCCAAGUCCUAUGAUUCAUCAUAUCGUGCCAAAACGCGAAGACUGAGUGAACAACAAGAGAGCCAAUCACGAGCGAGAACUGAAGAGCCGCUAUUCCGUCUUCACACCGAGGAUGACCAGACCACAAAACAAAUGGAUACUAUUUUCCGGGUUGCUGUCUUGGGUGAUAAAUAUGUUGGCAAGUCAACAUUCAUUCGCCGCUUAGCCAUUGGCAAGGACGGUGGCGACAUCGGAGUGCUUUCACAAACCGUGGGCCUCGACUUUGAGUUCAUGGGACAUGCAUUUAAUGGCAAGAAGAUUGGUUUGCAGGUCUAUGAUACGGCUGGAGAAGAAAAGCACCGUGUGUUCUUGAGGACCUACCUGCGACCAAUGGAUGGCGUGUUCUUCCUGUACGACUGCACACGAAGGGAGACGUUCGAGAACCUGAAAGAUUGGCACGCCAUUGUACAGAACACCUGCGCCUCACAUGUGACAGUUGCCGUCCUGGCAAACAAGAUUGAUUUGGUCGAAGGUAGCCAUCAGCAUCACAAGAAAGUGACAGACAGAGAGGGCCAGAAGAUCGCCAAUACCUUUGGUGAGACAUUUGGUGAUAUUGGUCUCUACAUGGCGACAAGCGGAAGGUCAGGCAUCGGCGUGGCUGAAGUCUGUUCUGUUCUGAUACAGAACAUGCUAGCGAAGGAGGAGUCGGUGAUGGUUCACUCACGCUACCCUACCCCCUUGCCUGCCCCUGUAUCUAGAAGAAAGUGUUGCAGGUCUGCGUAGCCUUUGCGUGAAUAAGACCGACCUGUGGGCGUGUGAGAAUAUUCCUAAACAUUUUUACUUAUUCUGCACGCCUGUAUCCUUGUUCUGUUGUUUUUGUUGAAUUUUAUUUAAUAGCGGCGCCUCCUUUUAUACAUGUGAGUGUAACGACAAAUAUCCUGCUCUUUUUUAUUCCAUACCGGUGAUUAGAUUUUUUUCUUUCUCACAAUGACACUGGAUGUGCUUGACUGCAUCGUACAUAACAGUUGCUUUGAAGUACACGACAUGUACAUCAGUAUCCGCAUGAUAAGCAACCAACAGCCUGUUCUUGCAGAAGAUCGGUUUUGACAACCAAGGAUGCUUCACUAUGAACCGAGUAUGAGGUGACCAUAUACUUUCUUUCUCUUGUUUGUUCAUUUUUCAUUUGCAAGUAUAUUGUUAGCGCACGCAUUCGCUAUUGCUCUCGCUUUCGUUGUUAAAAUUUAAUUUACACAUGUAAAUUUCACUGCUGUUAUUUCUCUAACUUAGAUUUUCUAUAAUAGUUCAAUUUUGUUUCAGUGUCGUUCAGUACAACGACGAUUCCUGACGAGUGUUGUACGAAAACUUGUUUGAAUCCUUUUUUUCUCUACACUUUAUUUUCUUCAUAUUUUCAUCGUUUUAUUGCACAUUGUCCCGACCGUUUUACAUUGCAUGAAUAAAGUGUACACAAAUGUCGA